GCUGGGCGCGCUUGGGCUGCACGGGAAGGGUUCGGGCGCUCUGGUGGAGGCAGUUGGGCAGCGGCUGCCACGAGUCUUUGGGGUUCAGAGCAUCUCUCCUUGGGGCCCGGGACGAUCGUACAGGACAUUCCAAGACCUGCUUCCCACGGUUCAUUCUCCACCAAGUUCUGUGGAACCAAGUUAUGUCCACUGCUGCUUUAAUAAGCCUGGUUAGAAACGGAGGGCACCAAGUAAGGAGGAGAGCGCUGCUGACGUCCCGCCUCUUCCAAGACGACAGUCGCUUGAUGGUCGUGUGCCAGAGCUCCACCACUGACCGCAGGGCAUCCCGCUUUGAUCUGGAUGGUAGCGGCCGCCCAGCUACGUGGGACUCGUUUGGCAUUUGGGACAACCGCAUUGACGAGCCCAUCCUCCUCCCACCAAGCAUCAAAUAUGGGAAGCUGAUACCCAAAGUCAGCCUAUCGAAUGUAGGCUGUGCAAGUCAUAUUGGGAAGCGAAAAGAAAAUGAAGACCGUUUCGAUUACGCCCAGCUAACCAACGAUGUCCUGUAUUUUGCUGUUUAUGAUGGGCACGGAGGAGUGGCAGUGGCAGACUUCUGCAACAAAUAUAUGCAGAAAUAUAUCCGAGAAUUCCUCGCUGAGGAGCAGAACAUGGAAAUAGUAUUGUUCAAAGCUUUUGUUGAAAUAGAGAAAGCAUAUGAAAGGCACGCUCACUUAUCUCCUGAUGCUACCUUACUGAAUGCCGGGACCACGGCAACCGUGGCCCUGCUGAGGGAUGGGAUAGAACUGGUCGUGGCCCAUGUUGGUGACAGCCGUGCCCUUCUGUGUCGCAAGGGGAAAGCUCUGAAGUUGACCAUCGAUCACACUCCUGAAAGAAAGGAUGAGAAACAAAGAAUCAAGAAAUCUGGCGGCUUUGUUGCCUGGAACAGCUUAGGACAGCCUCAUGUAAAUGGCAGGCUUGCAAUGACACGAAGCAUUGGUGACCUCGAUCUUAAGCAACGUGGUGUGAUAGCAGAACCAGAAACAAAAAGGAUUCAGCUGCAGCAUGCGAGCGACAGUUUCUUGGUCCUCACCACAGAUGGCAUCAACUUCAUGGUGAACAGCCAAGAGAUCUGCGACUUCGUCAGCCAGUGUCAUGAUCCCACCGAAGCAGCUCAGAUUGUUACCGAGCAGGCUGUACAAUAUGGGACGGAAGAUAACAGCACUGCCAUUGUUGUGCCCUUUGGAGCUUGGGGCAAAUACAAAAACUCCGAGAUCAGCUUCUCAUUCAGCCGGAGCUUCGCCUCGAGUGGGAGAUGGGCAUGAAGGCCUUCUGCAGCCCGGGUGUUGAACACGCUGUGAUGAAGGACGCUUACAAGAAGGGACUCAACCUGUAGAUGUCCAUCUUUCUUCCCAGCCUAGUGCUUUCUGUCUGGGUUAUGUGUUGCCUUUUAAACAACAGCCACACAACUGCUUAUUUUAGUCCAACGACUUUCCCGUCCUCCGUCAUCAAGGUUGGAGAAGGAUCCUAGUUUGUGGCUGACAUCUGUUUUGGGAUGUUGUACUAGGUGCUUUAUUUAACAUGCCUUGUACAUUUAGAGGGUUGAGAGUCUGUCAUAACCAAGCUCUCUUGAUUUGCACAAUGAAUCCAGAAGCAGUGGGAAGCAGUGGCAUUUUUCUUCCCCCACUAUUGCAGGAAUGGCCUGCUUAAGGAGGUCAGAGAAAACCAACUAGUGGGAGACCGAGAGCUGCACCAGUGGCUGCAUGCUGGUUUGUGUAGCCCAUUGGCUCCAAGUUAAACCAGUGUGAAUUUCAGAUACAAAGCUAGUCUGAGGUUCCCUCAUGAUUACAGGCCUGACGGAGACCAUACUGUGCAAGUUGAGUGGUAGAAACUCAGCUGUGCGGCUGCUAUUCUUGGGUCUCUUUCUUCCAAAAUGGAGAGAAUUUCACCCUUGGCUUGAAGCACAUGCCUGUUACUUCGCUUGUGGAGACCUUGGCCAGUAUAGAGUUAAAGGGACCCGCUAUGGCCCUAGAGAAAGGUGAGGGCUGGACAUUAACAAGGGGGAAACAUACUAUACCUUUAGAAGAAUGAAAAUGACGUGAUUUUCAUUGUUUUAUAUUUUUCUUCAGAGGAGGAUACUAGGAAAUCAGCCUUGCUUUAAAAAAACCCCUCUUAAGUGAUAAAAGAAAAUUUUAAGUUCAUGUUAAAAUGGCUAAUUUUCUUUCACUUCCAAGUCCCUGAACAACUCUGCCUCAAAUGCACAAAAUUAACAGGUGUGUGUGUGGGGGGUGGAUUUUGUCAGGGAUACUUGGACAUUUAAGUUCCAGAUUUGGUAAUCUUCCACUGUAAUCCGAAUGUCCGCUGCCUGAGGAUACAGUCUAGAGUGCCCAGUUAAAAUUCUGUAUGAUAGGGAUAGUUAAAUUUCUCUACGACUUGACUGAGUUUCUGGGCACUUUUGAAAAUUUGAGGAAGGGGUAGUGGGUGCCACCACAAAGCUGCUGCCAUGGCAGUCACAACGUGUUGGGAGGUUCCAGGUCAAGUGUUGACAUCCUGUGAUGGAGGGCAGCUAUUCUGCAAUGGGUGCUUCCUGCAGGCCCAGAGAUUAUUCCUCUUGGGCCCUUCUGCACUACCUCCUGAUUUAACAAGGUGGAGGAAAGCCAGGAUUGGCUCUUUGCUUUGGAGAAGAAGCAGGAAGCACAUCAGCAGGUGCCCGCCCCAUAAGGCUCACUGCUCUAGAUAGAUAGACCUUGGGAACUCUGCUAAGCAUCAGAACCUCAAAAACACACACAACAGAAUAAUUCCAGUAAAGUUAUUUUUUCACUAGGAAAUACAGUGCUGAGCCAUCUAGCUAACCCCGGUCACAAUGUGAACUGCUGCUGUUGAACAUCUGUACUGCUUUUAGGGCCACAUGUUUUGUGUUGGUCAUUCCAUUGUGAAAAAUAGCAAGCGCUUUGCAAACAGUGCCCUGAUACUGUCUUUUUAGCUAAUAUAAAUGUUAUAUUUGUAUAAUAUUUGUAAAUAUACAGUGCUGUCAGAAUAGGUCACUGUAGUGGCGCAUAACAGUUUUUUUGGAUGACUGUUAUGGUCUUUUCUUCCUUAACUCCUGUUUUUCAAGGGUUUGAAGUUUGUUUUCCAUUCUUUAAAAAAAGCUUUAUUUUGGAUCCUGCACAUUAUUCUGGCUACUGUUGGAACAGAAGGAGAGGUGAAUAACAGAAGUAAAUGGAAGCUGGAGCAGUGUGCUGCUAAAAGUCCCAGAGGGUUGGAUCCAACUGGCUUACCUGCUGGUCAAAAGAGGAGGAAAGUGUCCCCUUUGACCACCAAAAACCAGGGAUCAUGGAAUCUUCAUGGACAAAAGCCGUGUGGGAGAGGACUUGUAAUAACGAGUGGAACUGGCCAAGAUGGCGUGAAAAAAGCUGGCGGGAUCCCAUCCCAAAUCUCCUUUUCCCUUGUAAUAUGCAAAGCUAUAAAGUUAGUUGUGUGAUAUCAGCUUGCUUCGAAUCCAUCCAGUUCGAGGGUUUCUAUUUACCUGGGGCCGUCCUGAUUUUUCUGGCACUUGAAAACUUUACGCUUUGUAGAUGCCUUCUUAAUGUUUUGCAGUUGCAAGUUAACUGGUAUUGUAUUGUUUUUCAAGCUUCUGCUCACUUUCAUAAGGAAACUGGAAGUUCACACUACCAGUUUAUGCACGUUUGCACUACGAACUUCUCUAGAAGUUUAACUUCUGGUGGUGGUGAAUGUCUCUGGUGCACAUAAGCACUAAGGUACGAUGUCGCACAGCCUGCCAUUGCGCACAUGAAUAUAUUUCAGAUUGUUGAUAGAUACCAUGUAUAGGGACAACUUUGCUUUUCUAAUAUGUUUAACCAAAAGAACAAAUGUUUUUUUAAUAUGUUUAACCAAAAAAACAAAUACCCCCUUUCACUUUUAAAUGCACGCCUUGAUGAAGUAAAUGAAGUAGAGCUUCCAGCAUCUUGUCAUGUUGUGAGUGGAAAAGGGCGUGUACAGUCAUCCUUGGUAUGAUAACAGGGUAUUAUAUGCAUAUUACUCAUCUUUCAGAUGUUAGAAGGUUUGAGAUCCCUUGUUCCUCUUACCACCGCCAGCAGCUGGUGAUAAUUUCUGCUGUAGCAGAUAGGAGAACUGCAGAGACUUCUUGUCUCUGAGGUUUGGUUGCUACUAAAACCGCUUAGAGGCAAGGCUAGUGCUGGUUAUUUGAAAACUAUGAAAUUGGCUGUUUGCAACCUGGAAUGUCACCAUUGAUUUGAAAGUGUUUGAAUUCUGCAGCCCAGCUGCUACUUCACUUUAAAAUGUCCACUUUAAAAGACAAAACAAAAAAAUGAUCUUGUAACAGAAGCUGGCUAAAAAUUGCCUGAAUAAUAAACAACUUGCUUCUAAUAGUUCUGUGUUCUAUUUCUUCAGCUGUGUGUGCUUUCAUAAAUUACAUAGGUAUGUAGCCUGGUAGAUAGAAGUGGAUGUGAAAGAUUAGGAGAUCUCCUUUUUAAAGACUAGCAUUCAGUUUCCACUUCUGGUAUCUUUGGCCCACCAUGGAGUACCUGCAUGCCAAACAAAACAGGCCUCAGAGGCUUGAGCAUGGUAUGUGAAAAUCAUGGGAUCAAAUGGGCUUAAAAAACCAAACAAGCAGGAGUAUAGGAAUCUCCCUAACCUUCAGUCCUCAGUUGGUUCACUAUUUUUAAGUCGACGCAAGGAUAAGAAUGUAAGAAGAGCCCUGCUGGAUUAGACCAGGCAGAAAAUUCGGAAGAGAACCCUUGAAACGCUGCAUUGAAAUCUGAAGGGAGAGUUAAAUGUCUGGAAUUUGGAAGAAACCCCAAACCCCAGAAGUGGCAAAAAUUGCCUGUGCAAAAAGGCCACUGUUGCCAAUCCCUGGGUUGGUGGGAGGACUUGUAUGGGAAUGAAUAGUCCUUCAAGUCUGUAAGUCCCAGGCCUUAGCAAUUGAACAAGCAUCCACAAGUUGAACCUAGAAGCAAAGUCAUAGCUACUGUAACUAGCAGGGCAUUCUGUCCACAACCCAAUGGAAGACAGGCAGCUGGCUCCCAAAUAAAUGGGACCUUCUGAAUUGUUUUCAAGCAAUGCAAAGUACAUGGCAGUAAACCAAUCUGGAAGUUGCAGAAGCGUUUAUCCGUAUGGCAAGAUCUGACAUGUCUAAAAGGCAAGUGACUAUGUGCUUAGGUAUAAAUGAAGGCACAGCGGACGACAGCUCCAACCUCCUAAAGGAGCAGUCCUGAACCUGGAACACAGAUACUAAGCUACAGGCCCAUUUCAUGCAUUUUUAAAGAAACAAACCUAUUAGGAAACCAGUAAACUUCGGACUUCGAAACAUAAAAGAUAAUCAAAUCUUGCCAUAAAGCAAAUGUUGCUUGUGCCUUGAUAGAAAUGAACAAGUUAUAUGUUGUUAUAUGGUAUUUUACUGAAUUAUAUUUUAUAUAUAUCUUAUUUUCAACGCUAUUUUAAUUUUUUUUAAAUGUGAUGUUCAGCACCCUGGGGACCAAUUGUGCAUGGAAAGGAGUCACAAAUGUUUUGAAUAUAUAAAUGUGUUAAGUACCUGGUUCCUCCUAGAAGUCAUUAUUCAGGCCAUUUCAAAGUGCCCAAGAUUGCCUUCUGGCAGCGUAUCCCUCUCGUGUUCUUUAUGGAUGAAUGCAUCCAGUAAAUGAUCAGAGAAAGUCUGCCUUUUUCAGAGUCCUGAUGAAUUUAGGUAGAGUGUCACACACCCUGGUUGUGAGAAAGAAUCAGUAUCUUGGAAGUCAAGAGUAUGCUAGAAACAGGCUUGGAUCCACUGGUAGUUUCCAUGGGUGGAUGAGACCUUUGUCUAUGGGAUAUGACUUCCUGCCAGUUUCUGUUCCAUGGAUCCUCCCAAAAAUAUCUGCACCGAUCAGAUCAAGCAGAGACAGAUUCAGAAAAUGGAUUUUUUAAAUUCAGGAAUCACAGUACAACUAACUAACACAAGGCAAUUGCCGAGAAUGUUUAACUGUAACAAUGGUGACUAUAUAUUCCUUGCCAUAAACUCUCUAUAGUUCUGCUAAUAGAACUAUCCCCCUAAACUUGGGGAUUGUCCCUAAUGUAAGUUUCCAAGCGGUAUACCUUUACCAACUCCUGGCUCCCAAUUUACGUAGAGCCUUUUCUCUGGCCAGAUUUAAUGUUCUUCCUUCAGCCAUUUUAUCUGGUAGAUUUCAUGGGAUUCCUUAUUAUAGCGGGUGUUGUCCUUGUUUGAUGGACUGUGUUGAAACUGUCUCCCAUGUUCUUCUCCAGUGCUCUUUUUAUCUGGCACCACGCCCGGAUCUUCUACAUCCUAUAUUAGCCCAACUUUCAGAGUUUUCUGAUGAUUUUAAGGUCCAGUUUCUGCUUGACAACCCAGAUGGGGAAAUAACUGAAAUAGUAGCAAAGUUUCUCUACCGUGCCAUGGCUAUACGCCCCUGACAAGUAAUAUUCUAUACUAGUUUUGCUGUACUGCUGCCCUGUUCCUAUCUGUAAUUUUAAUCUCAUUCUGUAUGGACUCAUUUCUGUAUUUAAAAUCUUAUAUU